GGCAUAUUCAAACGUCGUGAGCGGCAUAUCGAUAUAUUCAACGUAUCGAUAUAUUGCUAGAAGAAGCACAUCCAUAAGCCGGCGUCAUUGUUGCUCGAAAUUUCUUCUCUACAAUUACACAUUGCUCACGUUUUGACCAAGUGUGAUCCACUGAAUACAAACAGCAACAAUGCCCGUGGAACAGCUGAAGGCCGAUGUCGCCGAAUUCGCCGCUUUGUUGGAGCAGGCGAAAUCUGCGCGUGUUAGAGGAGCUUUGACGCAGGCCAAGGCGGAGGCGGAGCGUGAAAUUAACAAUCUGGAGAUCAAGGCAUGCCUGGCAGCGGAACGCCAAACGUCUGGCGGUGAUACAAAACGUUAUUUGCAUGAGCUGACGGACUACGGCUGGGAUCAGAGCGUUAAAUUUGUGAAGCUUUUUAUUACAUUGGAUGGCGUACAGAAUUGCGCCGAGGAAGCUGUCACCGUUAACUACACGGAUCACUCGCUGCAGCUGCACGUGAGCAAUCUGAACGGGAAGGACUUUGGCCUUUCCGUCAAUAAUCUGCUGUAUGCCAUCGAUGUGGCGAACAGUUAUCGCAAGGUGAAAACGGACAUGGUUGCGAUAUAUCUGAAGAAGGUCGAGGAGGGUCAGAACUGGGAUGUGCUCACAUCGAUACAGAAGCGGCUCAAGCAGAAGCAGGACAGCGAAAUGGCCAAGGACACUGAGAAUCCCGAGGGGGCGCUGGUCAACAUCAUGAAGAAGAUGUACAACAGCGGCGAUUCCAAGACGAAGCAAAUGAUUGCAAAGGCCUGGAUCGAGAGCCAGGACAAGGCACGCCUCAAUCCGGCCGAAGGCGGUUUUGGCAAUCUGGGCGAUCUAUAAGUAGUAUUUAAAGGAGAGCAAUCAAUACACGAUACUAUAUACAUAUGUACCCUAUAUAUAUUCCUCAUUUGUUGAUUGUAAUCGAAUAUAUAUGUAUGCGUUUGUGUAUUUAAAUAUAGUUCGAAGUAAACAAAGGAAAUCGUUGGUCUUUUU